GCCGCGGCCGGUUCCGGUGCGGCGCUUCCGGGUCGGGCCGGCGCGGCCGCGGAGCCCCCGCCAUGGCCACGCUGUUCCCGUCGCUCCUGCCGCGCCUCACCGAGCCCCUCUGGUUCAACCUCGACCGCCCCUGCGUGGACGAGACCGAGCUGCAGCAGCAGGAGCAGCAGCACCAGGCCUGGCUCCAGAGCAUUGCCGAGAAGGACAACAACCUGGUGCCCAUAGGAAAGCCAGCGUCCGAGCACUACGACGAGGAGGAGGAGGAGGAUGACGAAGAUGAUGAAGACAGCGAAGAGGACUCUGAAGAUGACGAGGACAUGCAGGAUAUGGAUGAGAUGAACGAUUAUAACGAGUCUCCUGAUGACGGGGAGAUCAAUGAGGUGGACAUGGAGGGGGCAGAGCAGGAUCAGGACCAGUGGAUGAUCUGAUUCUGCCACGACCACACCAAACCGGAGCUGGGGAGAGUCCUUGCCCCCUGUGGCUCUGGGGGGCAGGUCAGUGAAGCUCCUCCUGCCAUGGGUGCUGUGUGGGGGCCUUGGAGCAGAGCCCCCCUGGGGGAGCCGGAGGGGCAGCUGUCACCCAGCACACUGGGGCUGACACGUCUUUUGUAAUAAACUCAGUUUACAAGAAAACAA